UUUUGGGUGUUUUGGAAGCUGCAGCUGAAUCCUUUUAAAUAACUUCCGUGGCCAGGAAACUCGAAACUCUCGAAAAACGAUGGUGUUUGCGCGAGUGUUCCGUAAAGCCGGCAGUUCCGUAAAGCUGGCCACUAGCUUGGCCACCUCGCGGUCCCUAGUGCCGCUGCCGCUGUUGCGCCGCAAGUACACCUACCGCUCCGGCGCCCUGAAACCGAUGCCCGAAAUUACUCCGUUCGGGCUGGUCGGUGUGAUCUGUACGGUCAUUCCGGGGCUGCUGAUUGGGGCUACCAUUAGCAAGAACAUGGCCAACUUCCUGGAGGAGAACGAUCUGUUUGUACCAUCGGAUGAUGACGAUGAUGAUGAUUAAGCACCACCAGCAGCCAGCGGCACAGCGCGACGCAGUCCGCGACGAGAAGCUCCGCAGUGCGAGUGAGGAUGGUAAUCGAUAUUUUUAGAUGUGGACGACUAAUCUUCUCAAAUAAGAUAAUUCUAGAAACGCGUUCUUCUUAACUGCUGGCUUUGCAGCUUCGCGAGAUAGAUGGCAGCAAGCGAGUCACCGAAGCCUUCCUCUUCGAUUCAUGCGGUGAUUUAAUGCGUUUGAGGCCGUUGCCAUGCGAUAUCGUCAACCACAGCACAGCACAGGACACCGACCAACCGACCGAGCACCCCGAGAUGAGACCCUGUGUCCGAAAGUCAAUAGUCACGAGGCCACGAUUACGGUUUUUGCAUUUUGUUAUUAUUGUGCCUUCCUUUUAAAAAAUCUUACACUUCCCGUCUCUCCGCCCCGUCUGUCGCUUCGGUUCUGCCAGCUGUUCUCUCGGGAGGCGGUAUUUUGAUUUCCUUUCGAUUUUUUGUACAUAAUUUCAAAUUAAGUGUCUAGUUGUCGUUUUGUUUUUUUUUAUGAACAUUACAGCCUGCACAAGCGCGAAUAGUGCACAUCCUCUCUAGUUCCCUCUUCACGACGGACCGGCGCGAAUCGAAAGUAACAUCAGCCAGUAACCAUUUUCCUAGUAAGAGUUGUUCGUUGAGUCGUUAAGAUGAAUAAAUAAAUAAAGAAAAAAACGUAAACGCAAAGUCCAAACAGAACGGCA